AUGACAACUCGAGGCCGCACGAGGAGAGAAGGUCGACCAAAAGGCCUCGUAGGUCUCACCAACCUUGGCAAUACUUGUUAUAUGAACUCGGGGCUUCAAAGCAUUCGAGCCGUGCAAGAGUUGACUCAAUACUUUCUUGGCAAUUCAUGGAAGGAAGAGGUCAACCAUGACAACCCUCUCGGCCACAAUGGUCAAGUCGCCAAAGCCUACUUCAACCUCAUCAAGGGCAUCUAUAACGAACCAGGAUCUGCCUACACUCCACGAGAGUUCAAGAAUACUGUCGGUCGCUUCAAUGCAAGCUUCUCCGGUUAUGGGCAACAAGAUUCGCAAGAGUUCCUGCUAUUCCUACUUAAUGGUCUCGCCGAAGAUCUCAACAGAAUCGUCAAGAAGCCUUACAUUGAGCGACCGGAUUCAACAGAUGAGAUGGUCACGGACGCACAAGCUCUGCAAGAGUUUGCGGACCGCAAUUGGGCCGACUACAAAGCUCGUAAUGACUCAGUAAUUACUGAUCUGUUCGCUGGCAUGUACAAGUCAACAUUGACAUGUCCGGUAUGCGACAAGGUCAGCAUCAUAUUCGAUCCCUUCGUUAACUUGACGUUACAACUGCCGAUCGAGACCACUUGGCAGAAGAACUGUUACUUCGUGCCGGUCCAUGGCCGCCCCAAAGUCAUUGAUGUCGAAGUCGACAAAGUCACAGCCGUCUCAGGUUUGAAAGAAUUUGUCUCGAAGAGAGUCGGGGCCGAUCCCCAGCGUCUAGUCAUGGCCGAGGCGUACAAAUAUAAGUACUACAAAAUCUUCGACAACCCAAUCUCUAUUGCAGAAGCUGGGAUCAAUCUCGGUUCUGAUAUCGUUGGUUUCUACGAAUUGGAGGAUGUCCCUACGAAUUACAAUCCCAACAAGAAGCAGAUUUACAGUACAUUCUCAGCCAACACCGAAACUGAGGAAGUCGCUGAUCCGGCAAGUCCGAAAGCGGAUAAACUGAUGGUCCCAGUCUUCCAUCGAACAUUUAAGAAUCGGCCGUCACAAGGGGGACGUCUCUCACCGCGAGAAUUCUUCGGAUACGCGAGCUACAUCGUCAUCGAUCGAGAGACGAAUAAGUCCCACGAUGCCAUACUUCGCAAACUCAUCGGCAAAGUAGCUGGCAUGACGACUCGGGAUCUCCUGGAGGUGGCCGAACAGACUGACAGCUCCGACGCUGUUAUGGUUAGUGAUCAGAGCACAAGUUCAGUCGCGCCCUCCACAGACGACGGUUUUGUUGAUGUCUCUAUGCGAGGAGAAUCGGUCGCACCUACUGCUGACUCCAACAUCUCGCUUGAAGGCAUCGUCAACGGCAGCGAUCCUAUUCCAGACUACCUCCGGCGAAUGUUCAGUAUCGGCGUAAAGUACACCGGCGAGGGUAGUCCGACCGGUUGGAACAACAUCAAUGAGCAAGAUGAGGUGGUCGACAUCAAGACUCGCGUGCCCGCCGAGUCGCGUAGUCCUUCACCAUCCAGUACAGGGUCCGCGGAAUCCAACGCUGACGAGUCAACGGCUGAGAGCGAGGCAAGCAUAGAUCACGUUGAAGACGCUAGUCCUGAUCCAUUGAGACCUACUGAUGAUGAAGAUGUCGCACCAAUGUUCAAUAACUUCAAGGGAGCGAAUCGCGACAAGCACAACAGGAAGGCACAGCGCGUGUAUGGCAAGAAGAAUAAGCGAAGAAAUGGGAACAGUCGCGAAAACAGUCGAUGGAACAAAUCAAAGCCACCGCGGCCACCGGUGCAGCAGCCUAUGCCUGCGACCGAGGAAGAACGUGAAAUGCUUAUCCGGCCAGGAGAAGCUAUUGUUUGCGACUGGGAUUUCGACACGCAGGACGGUCUCUUCGGUGCCAAAAAGUACGACGACACGGAUUCAAGAGGCACAUGCACUUGGGAUGUCGCGGAGGUUGUCGAAGAUGCUGCCUUGGUGAAGAAGCGAAGUGUGCGCGAUCGGCGAAAGAGAGAAGGUGUCACGCUGGAGGAUUGCUUAAACGAAUUCGACAAGGCCGAGAUUCUUUCCGAACAGAACUCAUGGUAUUGUCCUCGCUGCAAGGAACACCGCAGAGCGGAGAAGAAAUUCGAACUGUGGAAGAUUCCCGACGUCCUCAUCAUGCACCUGAAGCGGUUCAGCUCUGGGCGCAAUCUGCGAGACAAGCUUGAGUUGAAUGUCGAGUAUCCCGUGGAAGGUCUGGACAUGACCAAGUAUGUCCUCGACGCUGAAGGAAAGGUCAUGAUCUACGACUUGAUAGCGGUCGACAACCACUACGGCGGACUCGGUGGCGGCCACUACACAGCAUAUGCCAAGAACUUUGCUAACAACGAGUGGUACGAGUUCAACGACGGCCAUGUCUCCAAGCGCUCUACAGAGCACGUCGUCGCCUCAAGCGCCUACUUCCUCAUCUAUCGUCGUCGCGGCGACUACCCUUUAGGCGGACCGAAGCUAGAAGAGAUCUUGGAUGUGGACGAAGAGCACGACUCUGAUGGAUCAUCACAUUCUCAGGACAAGACUGCGGGAAAUGGUCGGCGCCUCGGCGGUUCCUCCCACCAGCAAGCUGGGUCGUCGGGGCUUGGAGGAGUCGGAGCAGUUCACCAUUCGGGAGGUGGUGGGCUGGAGGACGGAAGUCACGAUCCAUUAGUCGACACGGACACUCAGAUGAUGAGGAUCGGGGGCGAUGAUGAGGAGCCUAUUCCAAGUAUCGAUACCAGCUAUGGUCCACAGCUCAGCGAUCAGCCUCUUUGGAGCUUCGAAAACCUCGAUAGCACCAGCCACGAUCUUGGUAACAUCUCCGACGGGUCAGAUGACAGCAUCAGGGCUCAAGGCGGAGGCGAUGCUGACAGCUCACCGAGGCCCAGCAGCCCGGCCGAGAUGAUGGAUGUCCCGCUGUACUCGGGAGGUAUUCAAGACGAAGAUUACCACGACGAGGACGGCGAUACGCGGAUGAGGAUGAUGAGGGAAAGCGCGCCACCACCGAGCUACGACGUCGCUGUCACCGACCUUCAAGGUGAUGGAGAUGACGAUGAGGAGGAAUUGCCAGUUGCGGAACUGCACAGUGAUGCUGCUGGAAAUAUGCAUUUCGAGAACGCGCCGCACUAG